AAAAUAAUAUUUGUGAUAACCAUUUACAAUCAGAACAAUCAUCACCAAAAUGUGAUAUGUCUGAAAAAUGAGGACCAUAUAAAAAAUAAUAAUAUAUACAAUUUGGAAAAUACAAACAUUGAUAAUAGUGAACAUGAGGCUAAAACAAUAACUGAUGAAACACAAACAAAUAAAACAGCUAUAUCUUUAUUAAAUGAAUGGGCCAUGCGUGGUGAAGAAAAAAAACCAUUUACUGUAUCGUAUGUGCUUGUGGCUAUUACUGGACAUGCACAUAAGCCAAUAUUUACAUACAUGUGUCAAACACAUAAUAUGAAAGCUUUAGGAGAGGGGAAAUCUAAAAAGGAAGCAAAACAAAAUGCUGCUGCCCAGAUGUGUGAAAAACUUUUUAAUUUUAAAAUUGACUCUGUGAAUGACAGUGAUAAAUUCAUAUCGUCUACUACUACCACUGAUAACUCUGAAGUUAGUGAAAAUGAUACAUUUUUUAAUAGUACUGAAGGAUCACAAACUAUAGAUGAAACUAACUCAGAUAUGGAUGAUGAAGAAUUGCAACAAUUUAAAUAUGAAGCAGUACAAAUUGCACAUUGUGAUAUGAAUCCUAUUGGAGCCUUACAAGAAUUGUGCACAACUUAUAAAUGGACACCCCCAUUCUACAGUUUUGAGAUAUUAAAGAAAGAUCUAAGUGAAUUUAAAGUAUUAUACAAAGUUACUUGUGAAGUUUUUCAUUUACAUACAAUGGGAACUGAUAGUUUCAAGAAAGGAGCUAAACGUAAGGCCGCACGUCUGAUGUACGAAAAGAUUUUUGACAUUGGCAUAGAACAAUUAAAUGAAUUAAAAUCUUCAUAUCCAAUGACACUGUUACCAACUGAGGAUUGUGAACAAAAUAAAUGCAUUUCUAUAAUACAUGAUGAGGAAAAUCAAAAACUCUCAAAUAAAUGGGUUUCAGCAUAUUAUUUCCGUUCAUAUUUUACAAAAACAACUGCAUCUAGAACGGCAUUGAAUGAUAUGACAGCAAUUUCUUUAGUUGAGAACAAGGAUAAUCCAACGCAAGGGGAUCAACAGCUAGGGCGAUCUACAAUGGAACUGGAACACUAUAUUGAACAUUAUGAUCCAAAUGCAAGUGCUAUUGAUAAAUUAGAAACUUUAUGCAAGGAACUAGGUUUCCAAGCAAUUUAUGUAUGUCUGGGAGUUGAAAAAAAAAAAGAUAUUGAAAACAAUAUCGGACAAGAUGAAGAGUAUGCUGUAUUGGUACAAGUAACUUCUGUACCGAUCACUGUUACGACUGGAUAUGGAGUCACUACUGAUGUGGCGGCAGAAGAAGCUGCUAAAUCUAUACUACAAACAUUCAAAGCAAUGUUGCUCUUCACUAAGCCUGCUACCGUAAAUUUCAAUAAUAAUAAUGAGGAGGAGAAAAUUAUAAAUAUAUUGUAAACUCAAUCAUUUAAAUUAAGUAGUUAUGUCAUCGAGCAUUUAUAUUAGUUAUAUGAAAAGUAUUUAAAAUAUUUAUUUAUUUAAUUAUGGUUAACAAAUUGUUAGGUAUACCUUGGAUUAUUUAUAGAAGUAACACCAUACGAAAUAAUUGUAUACAUUUUUUUUUUUACUUACACUUAAAUCAACAAGUUUUUAGUUUUUGUUUGUUUAUCAUUGAAAAAAACAAGUAUGAUCGGUUUUUUUUUGUACCCGAUCAUCAUAUUAUAUUAUAUUCUACAAACUACCUGUGUAAGUACUUAGUAUUAUGAUGUUUAAUCUAAAAUAAUUGUUUUAUGAUCUCACCUGUUAGUUGAUCAAAUAAAUUAUACAGAGAAAUAAAUAAUAUCAAAACAAUUAUAGAGCAAUAG